AUGGCGGAAAGAUUGGUGCGGCGAAUGAACUCGAGGAACGUUUCAAUUGAUGAGACUCCAACACAGCCGCGGUCCUUCUCUGAUGCUGCUAUGGUAAGUGAUGUCAGAAAAGUAGUUCUCGAUGCAGUAGGCGGCUCUUUUGUCUAUUUAUAUACGACGUCUUUUCAAAAGUGCGUAGACUUUUUUUGGAGGCGCAUAGAGUAUUUUUUUUUCACUUUUUUCACUGUGAAAUUCGCGGCGACAAAGUUGAAAACUUUUCGGCCGCUGCGAUUUUUCUAUUGCACGCUGCAAAAGGUUUUCUGCACAGUGCGAAAAGCUUGCGACAAAAAAGUUUAUCAGUCUGUCGGGAAAAUAACGGCAGGUCGUCGCGCCUUGGAAUCGCCAUCAUCGCUUUGCGACGGCGCCCGCAGCUGGAGAAUCGGUGCGUGAUAACGGUGAGGCGAGACAUCUUGAUGCGACAAUCCGCCGUUAUUUUCCCGACAGACUGAUAAUUGUUGCAGCAAAAUGUUUCGCCUCUUCGAAAAGGAGGCAGACACGCAUCAAAUUUCCAGCUGCGGCUUGCCGUUGCAUAGCGAUAAUGGGCGAUCCAAAGGCGCGACAACUCACUGUUAUUUUCCCGACAAAUAAAUUAUACUGAUAUUAUAAUCAAAAAGGUUUGCACUUUUGGAACGGCGUAGUAUAGCACAUGAAAAACGUUCGGAAAAUGGAAAACAAUACCCAGACUUGGCCAGUUUUUUGCAUUGGGCCUGUUUUUGGCAUUUUCUACUGCCCAGCCCAGCCUCGUUGUAGAUCCCGGUCCGGGCCUUUUCUACAUUUUCAAAUCCUUGUCUGGCCCGGAUUUUAGGGACCUAUGGCCCAGCUCAGACCCUAAUUUUUUUCAAAAAUAAUUUUGAAUGGCGAUUUUCCCGCGUUUUGGCAAUAUUUUGGCAUUGUGUUUUUUGGCUGAAUAUGGGCUAUCAAAUUGAAAAUUAACAAUUUUACGGCGUCCGCAGUACUUUAAUUAGUGUUUUGAAAAUUUUAGAAAUGAAAUAUCGAUCAAAGCCAUGUCUGAAGACGAUAAAUCUUCUAAAGUUUAGUUUUUAUACAAAAUUUAUGUUUUAAAAUCUCGUUUUGAAUCAUUAAAAUUAUCAGUCGUACAGAUAAUUUGUUGCUGGCAUUUGUUUAAUGUCCCAUUUCAACUAAUCUACCAAAAAAAUGCUUUGAAAAUCAAAGAAUUCCUCAAAAUUUUAAUAAAUCUUUCUUCCCCGCAAGCCCCUCGCAAACCACACGGUAAACAAAAAAGUUUCGGGAUGAGUAAUGUUUUGCCUCCCUCGGCGAAUGAUGCCACAGCUUCGGGGCUCGCAAACAGAUAAUACUUUGCAUAUAAAGCAAAUAUCUUUUAUUCGGCAUCUCUUUUUUUUUACAAUCCGCCCCGAAGGAAAGGGCAUCCAAUUUUUCCGUCGGCUCUUGACGUUUUUGUUUUCUGUCGGAUAUAACGCGAUUGCCCGCCGGCAUGCGUUUUCGUCGUUAGUGCGAACAGAGAUGGCGGACAACUUGCGGCUGCCGGAGGUAGCUCCAAAAAUAGGGCGACGGAAAUUGCUUUAUGCACGGCGGUGUUGCAGAUUGUUUGAAGACGAUUGCCGGGUUCAAGUUCUACAUAUUUGAAGGCUUUUUUGUCCGGAAAUUCAAUAGGAUAGGAAGUAAAAAAUAACAAGGGAAGUAGCUUAAUGCCACGUUCGGAUUCUCUUUAGAUUUUGCACAUACGCUGGACAUAGGUCAGAAAUCAUUUUUUGAAAGUUUUAGCUCGCGCUUUGCAGGGGCAGCUGGGAUAUAGAGCAAUCUUUUUUGUGAAGAGAGUACGCCGAAAAGGGUGAGAAAGAAAAAUCCACUUUUUUGGCGAUAAUUUUGCCUGUUUGCGGGGAAAAAGAUGAUUUUUUGUGGAAACAUUACCUUCUGCAGUAAAAAUAAGCCUGAAAUUUAGAAUGCCGAAAUUCUCGACUGUCUGUCGGGAAAAUAAUGAGUAUCGCCAGAAAUCUACGUUAUUUUCCCAACCGGCUGAUUUGUGAGCUAUAUCAGUCUGUCGGGAAAAUAAUGAGCGCCAUUUCGCUGCCGUCACUGGAGAAAAAAGAAACUUGGCUUUGUCGCGACGCAAUUCGUUUUCCCCGCGGCGGUGCGAUUUUCGAAGCGACGGAGAGCUCAUUAUUUUAACGACGGACUGAUACUUGCCAAGUUAUAGUUUAAUAUUUCUGUAUUUUACGUCUCUUUUUGCAAGGCUUUUUUUUGUAAAUUUUAUUGUUUUAUUGUUUUUUUAUUGAUUUAUUAUAAGUGAUUUUUUAGUUAGCCAUGCACUCCGGAUAUUCCUCGCGUCGCCAAAGCGAGAUGAUCUUGGAUCCCACUAAAAGUGAGUUUUUUUCUUGCAUUUUUUUGCGAUGCUAUUCCGUCCACAAAGUGAUUUUUCGCGACAUGCACUGUGCGAAAACAAAACUUUGCUUUGCGCUGUGCAGUUUCUUGUUUUUUGCACUGUGCAAAAAGGGAUUUUUGGGCUGUCGAUCGUAACCUUACUGUUUUCACGAUGCACCUCACCGAAGUCACUCCAACUACUUUACGAACGGAAUAGUAUAGAAAAAUGGGAAUGUACCAUCAAAAUAAAGUAAAAAUCGUCAUUUUUGAUCUGCUUACAAGUAGAGAUUGCCACGGCUCCGGAGCCGGCUCUUGGCUAAAACAUUUGGCAUAGGAGCCGGGAUUCGGAGCCGGAGGCCUUUUUAGAUUUUUCACGGAGCCAAGAGCCGGAGCUGCAAAUUUGGCCUCGGCUCCGGCUCUGGGAGCUAAGAGCCGGAGCCGGAGCCGAAAUUUUGACCGUGGCAAUCUCUGCUUACAAGACAAGUCCAUCAAGUGCUCUUUUGAAAAAGCUGUUAGUAUUAUUACGCCUUUUCAAAAGUGCGCAGACUUUUUUCGCCCUUUUUUUUGCAUCGCACAGUGCAUGGCGCGCGACGCUAUCCUUUUCGAAACAUAUUUCAUUGUGCAAUUGGUAAAAGUUCCUUAUUUUGGCCACAACUUAUAACUUUGCGGAAACUGGUCGGAAUUAGCCCAAAUUUAGCGUGCACGCUCAAUUCAUCGAUGUCAAUGCCCGGACAGUGGAUUUAGUUAGCGAGGUACCUUCUUUUUUACGUAUCACCUUACCCUUCAAAAACGGCUGCAGCCUGUGAUUUUACAUUUUAUACGAUGAAACAUGUCCGGAACUAAACUUAUUGCCUCCGUAUGGAACUAAAUGAGUCGUCACAGCCUUCGUAGGUACCUUUAAAACUAUAGAGCUAUUACAGUAAUUCAGUUCCAGCCAGGUCGAAGCGUUUUUUCCUAACUUUAGUGCCCAAGCUUGGGCGCAGUUCGCGGAGUACCUUUGUUGUGGCCAGAAUAAGGAGCUUUUUCCCUGCAAUUUUUCGCGAGCCCAAAAUUGGCCGUUGAGAAAGGUUUGAGCGAACGGUGCGGACGACGGCAAAAAGUCAACGCACAUUUGAAAAAACGCAAUAACAAAAAAAUUCUCAAAAUCCUCCGUCGCUUCGAAGAAUUACUUUUGUAAAUAUUUCCGCAUGUCAUUCCUUGUCAAAUGUCAGGAACCGCAAAGUCCGACCAGUUGAGGCAUAAAAAUUGAAAAAAAACAUUUUGUUCGUCGUACUUUUUCGACGAAUCCGGAAACUUUCCCGACACUUUUUAUAGCCCUUCGAACAUGGGAGCGUUCGAAACGUGUUGCUUUUCUUUUCUCCCCCCAAUUCUGCAUGCAUGAUAGUUGGGCUUGAAAAAAAGUUCGUAUUAAAGACACAGCCCGAAGUACACGGCUGUUCCUUUAAUAUCAUGCUGAAGAGGUGCGGGGCUUCUUGAAAUGGGGCCGCAGAUGAGACAGGCAUCCUCAUUCCGCAAGCAUUUUAAUACGCUUUGCCGGAGGAUACGAUGUGCCAAGUUGGGGUGUUGGAUGGGGUUCUUUUCGAGUUUAAUGGAAUUCAACAGUAAUUUUGGUGGAACUAGUGUAUGAGAAAGUUGGCCGCAGUUUCAUUUUUUUAGUUCUUCUACAUAGGUAAGCAGCAAAAAAUAGGGUUUGAGCAAGAAAAACAAUGAUUUCGCAAAGUUUGGUGCACGUGAGAGUAGAAUUUAAAAAAUACCAAUGCAAGAGUUUGAGCUGUUUCUUUGUUAACUUUCGACCUAAAACCGCAAGGGUUUUUGGAGUUGCAUAAAACUAACGCUUUUAUCAGUCCGUCGGGAAAAUAAUGUGGAUUUGUAGUGUCUUGAAAUCGCCCAUCAUCGCUUUGUGACGGCUAGCCGUGGCUGGAGAUUUGCUGCGAAAAUCCACAUUAUUUUCCCGACAAACUGGUAUACUUGAUACAUCAGUCCGUCGGGAAAAUAAUGAGCGCAAUUUCGCUUGGCCGACCGCGCCGCUGAAGUGAAAAGCAAUUUGAUUUUACCGCGACAUAAUUCAUUUUCUCGACGGCGGAAAAUUUUUGUUUCAAUUCGACAGGGUGCUUUGAUGCACUCAUUAUUUUCCCGGCAGGGAAAUGUCAGUCUGUCAGGAAGAUAACGUGGAUUUGUCCCAUUGCAUUCGUGCACCAACUAUUCAGCCAGCCACUUUUUUUAUUUGGCGGGAUGCUUCAUCGAUGGGUAGUGGCUUUCACCACUAUAUGCUGACACACACACAACAUACAGUGGGGACCUGAUCCAGUGACAAAAAACGCACGAUUUUGCAUCCGGGAAGUAUCAAAAAUAUGGAAAAAUGCUUCCCUUUUCAAGUGAAAAAAAUUUCGUUUUGAAGGCCGCGGCCUUUCCCUCGCAAAAAGAGCGUUUGAAAUCGGAGUUUUUUUCACUUGAAGAGGGAAGCAUUUUAUCUUAUUUUUGAUACUUCCCGGAUGCAAAAUGGCACGUUUUUUGAUACUGGAUGAGGUCCCCCACUCUAGGGCCUAGAAACGCAGAAAACCCGGCCAUAUGUAUUAAUAUGAAGAGGUAAUAGUAUGAAGAGGUUCUCGGUACGCCGAGUUUGCUGACUGUCAUCCAAACAAAAUUUUUUCGCUCUCUAUUUUGUCCGUAAGACAUUUGUAGCCAAUCUUAAAUGUAUCUUUUGACAUUUCCGCAUACACACGUUAUAUGUAUUAUCUACAAUUUAUCAUCAUUACUACCAAUUUUCACCUCCAUUACACUUUUACCCCACUCAGAAACCCUCAAACUCGUCCUCAAGGGAGACUUUUCGCAUUUCCGGAGAUUUCUCUUUGGCCAUAUGGCCAGAGGAGAAAACAAGUUCUAUACACGAUUCGUUCAAGACGAUGUUAAUCUAAUGGCUUUUGUUUUUGAGGUCGUAUACUUAAGCCAAAUGGGAUUUAGUCCCGCCAAGCCACUAGUAGGUCAAUCUUCAGAUUUUUUAUGAUGACGAAAAAACUCGUCUGGCAUUUUGUAUGAGGCCGGCCAAAACGUUUUGACAUAUUUUCGCAUUGUGCGGGGCUGUAGCGCUCCCUAAAUUUUAUGUCAAGACUUCUUGGCCCCGCUACUACUAGUGGUUGCAGAAAGUGCAUAGACUUUUUGCCAUGGGCCUCACAAACCCCUUGUGGCGUGCAUUUGAACUUUUGCCAUGCAAGUGCAAUAUAUUUUUUAAGCGAAAUUUGGGUAUUUAGCUUGCAGUUUGUAGGAAGAUGGAGAUUGCGAAAAAUCCGAGAUUUUUUAAUUUUUUUUGUACAUAUAAAAAUUGCGUAUGGCAAAAAUUUAGAGUAUGUAUGCUACAGUGAGGGACCUGAUCCGUGGCAAAAAACGUAUUAUUUUGCAUCCGGGAAGUAUUAAAACUGUGGCAAAAUGCCUCCCUCUCCAACUAAAAAAAGACUCCGUUUUGAACUGCGCGCCCUUUCUCUCACAAAAAGAGUGGGCGCGCUUUUGAAAUCGGAGUUUUUUCACUUGGAGAGGGAGGUAUUUUGCCACAUUUUUGAUACUUCCUGGAUGCAAAAUGGUACGUUUUUGGCCAAUGGUUCAGGUCCGCCACAAGGUUCAAUAACGUCGGGUGUGUGAUCUUUCGCACUAAUCACUUUUAUUUUUGGAAAGAAAAUUUUAUUUUUGGCGCGGGAGCUAUUGCCGGGGCCGGGAAGUUUUUUAAAUUUCGCACGGGAGCCGGAGCCAGAGCCGCAAAUUUUGUCCGUGGCAAUCUCUGGCAGCUACCUCAGGUUCGACUAGACAUGGCUCCCGGGCCGGGCCGAAAUUUCGGCCCGUCGGCCGGAUUUCAGGUCGGCCGGGGCCGGCCGGACCAUUUCCGCGGGCCGGGCCGGCGUUUAGGCCCGGCCCGGCCCGGAAUAGUUAAAAUCCAGAAUCUCGAAGCUAAAAUUGGGUUUGAUAAUGAAAAUAAACGAAAUGUCAAGACACAUUUGGUUUUUUUAAAGGUAAUUUUGUUUUUAGAUAGCUAUGGAACACAGUAUUUAUCCAUUUACAUGAUGAUAGAAAAAAAUUUGGUUAAAAUUUGAAACGGGCCGGGCCGGCCGGAACCCUUCAGGCCGACGGGCCGGGCCAAGAUUUUCGGCCCGGGCCGGCCGACGAGCCAUGUCUAGGUUCGACGUUCAAUUUUGUCAUGAAAACUUUCAUAGUUAUUUUUAGUGUAGAGAGUAGUUUUUCCAAAAAAAUCAUCUUUUUCCUCCACGAAACUGGCAAGGAUUUCCCCAAUUUUUUUUCUCUAUGGCAGCUCUCCGCUUUUUUACCGCACUGUAACCGCACUUGGAUUUUUUUUUUUUUUAUUUUUUACCCGAAAUUUGGAACCGCCUUUUAUCGGGCCUGAAAAGCGUCCACUUUAAGCAUUCCAAGCUCUUCAAAACAACCGGCUAAUAUGUUUUGCAUAAAAGUGCAAUUUUGGCCUUUUUUCGGGAACAUUUUUGCGGCCGAAUCGCACCACUUUGGCUUCGAAAACACUUGACGGUAAGCGAAUCCGGCAAUUUUCCGCCGUCUUUUUUGCAACUCCCGAACAAAAGAAGGCGCCGCCGUUCGUUUGAGACGUCAAAAAUCAAAAUUCAAAGGGUAUUGUCGCCAAAAUAUGGCCAAGUUUUGCGACAACUCCUCCAUCUAACCUCAUUUCCGGUGCUUAUUGUCGUUUCCUGAGGGAAUUUCCGUCGGAAAAAACGCGCAAAACAGGGGGCGAGGAAAAGGCGAAAAUUUCCCCGCGCCCCCGAAUAAUUGCCCGACUCAAUUCGAAUUCCGGUAAUUUCGCUAAUGAACGCCUGCAGCGCGCUUUGUAUUGGGUUAUUCAACAAAAAAAAACGACGAAAGAAAGUCUGGUAGCAUGGAAGGAAAAGAGUAUUGUUGGCUGUUGCAUACACGAAAUGACGUUCCGUUUUUUCGAAAAGUUUUAGUACGAAUAGGGGUUGAGUCUGAACUCUCCCCCUUUUCUGAAUUUUCCCCCAAUCUGAACUCUACCCCUUUUUCAACUCUACCCCAAAAAAGGCUGAACUUUACCCCUUUUUUUGAUUUUCGCCAAAAAAUCUGAACUCUCCCCCUUUUUGAACACUCCCCCAUUUUGAAAAUUGAAAAAACGAGGUGUGACAUGUUAUACGAUGGAAAUUUUUUUCAAAUUGAUAAAACGAGGUGUGGCACGUUAUACGAUGGAAUUUUUUUUUUCAAAUUGAAAAGAAUAAGGUGUGACAUCUUAUACGAUGAAAAUUCUUUUCAAUUUGAAAAAUUCAUCGUAUAAGAUGUCACACCUCAUUUUUUCAAUUUUCAAAAUGAGCGGGAGUGUUCAAAAAAGGGGAGGGUUCAUUCAAGGGGGAGUGUUCAAAAAGGGGGAGAGUUCUGAAGGGGGCAAGUUCAAAAAGGGGGAGAGUUGAAAAAGGGGGGAGAGUUCAGAAAAGGGGUAGAGAGAGACCCCAAAAAUCAACUUUAGCGAUUAAUUUUGCGACAAACUGAUAAAAUUUUUAAGACAUGUGCAAGGUAGAUACAUAUAUUAUAUAGUAUUUUCAUAAAGUCCAUAGAUAUUUUUCCGCUUUCGCACAGUGCAUUUCAAACCUUUUCCCGCACUUGUCGCCAAUGCACAGUGCAUUUUCUCCUUUCGCACCGUGCAAACCACAAAAAAGCUGUUUGCACUGUGCAAAUUCUUCAGCAAAACCCCGCAGCGACACAAUUUGGCUUAUCGCGGCGAUUUUUCGAAAAUGCACGGUGCAAAGCCAAAAAAAAAAAAAAAAAAAAAAAAAUGCACGGUGCAAAAUGGAGGGGUUUUCUGUGUAGAUUACGGACCCCGACAAAUGUCCGUGCACUUUAUGAAAAGACUAUAGGUUAAGACUGCAAUUGUAUUUUUUCUCAAAGUGCGUAGACUUUUUGUCGCUGGGCAAAAAAGUACAAAUUUUGCACCCUGCAUUUUACCUUUUUUUGGCAUGAUUUUGCACCGUGCUUCAAAAUAUCGUCGCGACGUAUGCUUUUUUCGCGCCACGAACCGUGCACAAACGCCUCUUUGUGCACAGUGGAAUGCACAGUGCGUUAGCGACAAGCGUGGGAAAGAGUUCAAAAUGCACUGUGCGAAAAGGUGGAAAAUAGAAAUGCACUGUGCGCUAGCGACAAACAUGGGAAAAGGUUCAAAAUGCACUGUGCGUUUGCCAUAUCAAUCUGUCGGGAAAAUAAUAGCUAAAGACGAUUUUUGACGCCUUAAAAAUUGUUCGCUAUAGGCAGGUUUUGCUAUGUAAUAGUAUCAGUCUGUCGGGAAAAUAAUGAGCACUCUGUCGCAACGGACAUCGCAUCGCCAGACUGAAUUGUGUUGCGGAAAAAUCAAAUUAAUGUUUGCUUCAACGAUUGGCGCAACUUGUGCUCACUAUUUUCCCGACAGACGGAUAAUUUGUUUUUUUGCCUUCUUGCAUUAUGCGUUUAUUUUGGCCGCCCUAGCACUUAAUUGCAUUUCCCUUGGUCAUUGUUGUUUGUGGCCGCCCACCAACACGCAAUUACAUCACAAAUACAAAAUUAUGACUGACAGUUUUCGCCUUUCCUCUCUCUCUCUCAGCCACCUUCCAAUUGCCGUCUCAAUAUUACUCGGCUUUCUUACAACUAGAAUUUGUGAGACUUCUCGCCAACUUUGGUCCCAAUGAAACUCCCCGUAAUUACCGCAGAGUCCUGUUUUUCCACCACAAAAACUCCUGCUCUCUUCGGGCCUCGUAAUUCCGUGUUAUUUUUGGAUGAAUAACCUUCAAUUAAUUGGCCCAUGUGAUGUAAUAGGGCCAGAAACAAUGGCCAUUUUCAACGACUUUUGAUGACUCAGUUCAAGUACUUUUUAUGACUCAUUUCAACUACCGUUUUCAACGACUUUUUUCAGCUUCCCCGGUGCCUUCGAUGGACGAACGAGUAGUGUUGAAUGUGGGCGGCAUCCGCCAUGAAACGUAUCAAGCCACGCUGAAGAAGAUCCCUGCCACACGACUGUCCCGGCUAACGCCUGCGCAGGCCAACUUUGACCCGCUUCUGAACGAGUAUUACUUUGAUCGACAUGGCGGGAUUGUUUUUGAACAGGUAGGGCAGAGUAAAAGGUACCUACAAAGCCCGGCGCCUACAAAGCCCGGCGAAAGCACAAGUAAAAUACAAUCUUUUUCUAGCGUUUUUGUGAAGUGCAAUUUUAUAUAUCAGUCUGUUGGGAAAAUAAUGAGCACUUUGUCGCAGCAAAAAUCACAUCGCCGCCGAGAAAAUUGAAUUGUGUCGCGGCAAAUUCAAAUCAAUUUUCACCCGCGAUUGGCGCAGCGACAUUAUGCUCACUAUUUUCCCGACGACAGACUGAGAGAAUUGAAAAACCUGAGGCAAGUAUCAAAUUGGUCGUAAAAUUAAAACCCAGGCGUCUGAAGGGGUACACAUCAACUUCAGAUAAUCUUGUUAGCUCGCGUUUUGCAGGCGCUUUGAACGAUCUUUACGACCGAAAAAUCCGUCAACCGAGGAGAAAGUGUCUCGGCCGAAGACACUUUUUUGGCAGGUCUUUCUUUUCGCAGAAAAAAAGAUGAUUUAAAAACACUACCCUAUACGGUAGAAGUAGGCAUAAUAUUAUACUUUUUAUGUCGAUCCUAUCGGUCUUAAAAUCUCGGCGGUUUUGGCUGCUUCAACCUUUUAGCCCAGGUUGAAGCAGAAUAGACAAAAAAAGCACAAGUUAUCAGCCUGUCGGGAAAAUAAUGAGUAUAAACAUUGCUACGCCAGGCGCGGCUGAAAUGAAGAGCAAUUUCAUUUUUCCGCGAUACAUUUCAUUUUAUCGGCGGCGAUGCGAUUUUCGAUGCGGCGGAGGGCUCAUUAUUUCCCCGACAGACUGAUAUUAUAUUUCACACCUUUGACUACAUUUCUUUCAGAUUCUAAACUAUUAUCGUACCGGUAAACUCCACUACCCUACCUCAGUUUGUGGGCCCCUGUUCGAAGAGGAGCUGGAGUAUUGGGGGCUGGAUGCCAAUCAGGUGGAGCCCUGUUGUUGGAUGACCUACACACAACACAGGUAACAUUGGAGGCAGCGUAUUUUACCUCCCAAAUUUAGAGACACUCAGGAAACUUUGGCGGUGCUGGACAAGCUGGAAAACUCGUGUAGCGCCGAAGAUAACCCCCAGGAAUUUGAGCAAAUCAUGAUGCGCAAAUUUGGCUGGGAGGAGCAUUUGUAUUCGGGCCAAGUGACUCCGUGGAUGAAGAUCAAGCCCAGAGUGUGGGCGUUGUUUGACGAGCCGUAUUCGUCGACGGCGGCGAAGGCAAGACAAUGGUUUCUUAUUACGAUUUUUCAAAACUGUGUGGACUCUUUGUCCUGGGCGGCAGCAUGCACAAAACCCUUUUCUCGGCGUGCUUUUGACCUUUAGCGUUGUGCAAGUCCAAGAUCGCAGCGAUAUUUCGAUGUACAGUGCGAGUAUCAAAACAAAAAAAUUGAAAUGAAAGGUACCGUGCAGAAAAAUGUGGGGUUUAUGCUUAUAGUGCGGGACGUGAAAAAUGUCCGUGCACUUUAUCAAAACACUAAUACUAUAUCAGUCCGUCGGGAAAAUAAUGGCGGUCCGUCGCGCCUUGUAAUCGCCUAUCAUCGCUUUGCGACGGCUAGCUGCAGCUUUAAAUUUGGCCCCUUUCUCGACAAGGCAAAAAAUUUUGCUGCGACAAAUUCUCAUUAUUUUCCCGACAGUCUGAUAAGUAAUUUUUUUCAUAACUUCGCAAAAUCAUGUCCUAGGACUUUGUACUACAUAGUACGAAAUUUUUUUGUUAGAAAUGAACUUUUUGAUUAGUGCUGGGUAUCAAAACAACAUCAUUAUAAUAAUAAUUUAAGGUCUAAUUUUCACCCUGUAUUGAAUAGUACCACCUCGUACUAUAUAGUACGAAGUCUUGAAAAAAUGUUUUUUUGUACGGUACUGGUUAUCAAACCAACCGCAGAAAGAUUUUUUGACCUAAUUUUACCUCAUACUAUAUAGUAUGAAGUGCUAAUAUUAGUAUCUAAAUUACUUCGUAGUUUGCACAAUAACCAACUCUAAUCUAAUAAGUCGGUAUGUGGGCGAAAAUUGGCCCAAGGUUUCAUAGAAAAAUAAUUUCAGGACAUGUACAAUUUGCCCUCAUCAGCGUAUUUUAACCUCCCUUUUUUCAGAUGGUAGCCGCCGUCAGUGUCUUCUUUAUUGUUACGUCGAUUGUUUCGUUUUGUUUGAAGACCCAUCCCAGUUUCCGGGUGUACAGUUUGGCCUACGAGAAUCACAGCGAAGUCAUGAAUGGGUUCUAUCGAAUAUCGAGGGUUGGGACGGAGCCUAUGACCAUUUUCUGGGUGGUGAGUUCGAGUUUGAAAUUGAGGCAAAAGGUUUUGGGAAUAGCAAUUCGUCUAUCGGGAAAAUAAUGUGGAUUUUGAAAUGCCUCGAAAUCAAAUUGCAUUUCCCUUCAGCGACGCGAUUUGUACAGAGAAAUUGGGCUCAUUAUUUUCCCAACGGGCUGAUAUCAGUCAGUCGGGAAAAUAAUGUGGAUUUGUCGUAGCAAGCAAAAUGUCUCGAUUCUUGCAGUCGCGCAUCAAAUCUAAAGCCGCGGAUAGCCCUCGCAAAGCGAUGAUGGGAGGAUUUCAAGGCGCGAAAAAUCCAUAUUAUUUUCCCGACAGGCUGAUAUUGAAAUUUAGAUUUUUUCUUCCAAGGAAUAUACCUAUAAUUACAUGCCUCUUUUUUAGAUCGAACUUAUCUGCAACGUGUGGUUUACGUUCGAAAUUUGCGUCCGCUUCUUUUUCUGCCCGAGCCGGACAAAGUUCUGCAAGAACCCCCUAAAUAUCAUCGAUCUAAUCUCAACGCUCAGCUAUUACCUCGACAUGAUCAUGGUGCGGAUAUUGCGCAACGAGGCCCCAAAAGACGUCAUGGAAUUCCUGUCGAUGAUUCGGAUUCUUCGCCUGUUCAAAUUGACCCAACAUCAUCGAGGACUGCAGAUCCUGAUCCACACAUUCAGAGCGUCGGCCAAAGAGCUGUUCCUGCUCGUCUUUUUCCUUGUGCUGGGCAUUGUCAUCUUCGCGACGUUGAUUUAUUACGCGGAGAAGACGCAGGUCAAUCCGCACAAUCAAUUCCACAGUAUUCCGGAGGGAUUGUGGUUCAGCAUCAUCACUUUUACUACGGUAAUUUUUUUGAUGCUUAGUAGUGUUUACAGGACCGCGAGGACUAACUUUGAACCAUUCUCUUUACACUUUCUACAAUGGCGGGCUUGAUCAGGCGGUUGAAAAAAUACUAUUUUUUUUUUAUAGUUUAUAUACUUCCCGGAUGCAAAAUUGUACGUUUUUUGCCACUGGAUCAGGUCCAUAAUAAUAAAUUAUGUUUUUUUUCAGGUUGGUUUUGGCGACAUGGUACCUCACACAUAUCUGGGAAGGCUGAUCGGCGGACUCUGUGCCAUUAUGGGAGUGCUAACCAGUGAGUUAUUCAUUCAGGUUAAAUUUUAUUCUCAAUUUAGUCGCAUUGCCUGUCCCGGUUAUCGUCAGCAACUUCUCCAUGUUUUAUUCGCACUCUCAGGCCAGAGAGAAGCUGCCAAAGAAGCGAAGGCGGGUAUUGCCGGUGGAACAGGUGAGCAAAAAGCUAUUUAUAAGAGGGUCUGUCGUACAAGAUUUUGAGAUUUUUAAUCCAAGAAAGUGAUGAAAAUCUGACGUUUUUUCACAAGGUCCCCAAAACGGCUUUUUUUUGACAAGGUCCCCAAAACGGCCUUUGAAAAAGUCUCCGCCGAGCUUUAGCUAAUGUACGAGACAUCCGCCAAGCUACCGAAACUAAUAGAUCAGAUCCUGCCAGCCGUGGCAAACCAAAUUUAAUCCGCAGUAGAAAUUACUGGGCGUUGUAACAAGGAGUAAUUUUCAAAAAAAUACAUCAAAUGUCUCCGCCGAAAAUGGCCUCUCCGCCGAGAGAGGAGAAAAUUCUUUUGCAUAUUGUAAAAAUGCAGAAAUUCAAAUUUUAAAUACGACUUCGACCUCUUAGAUAGCUGUAAACAGCACCAAGAUAUAACAAAAAAAUUGUCCAAACUUUCUUGAAACACCCUGUACUGUAGAGGGUCAUAUUUCCACAAAACAAUAUUUUUUUUCACACAAAAUAAGCAGAGAUAUCGAAAAUGGUGUUUUUCUCUCUGACCGCAUUCUCGUACUCUACAUUUUGCCCACUCUCUCGGCCUCAAAGAUGGUUGAAUAUCUCGGAAUUUUUUCCGAACUCUAACUUUUUAAAAUUUUAGGUCCGUCUACAAGUUCGUCGUCACGCACAAGUCCUUGAAGCCGCAAAUACCCAACGCCGGAAUGCGAUAGCGUCGGUCUUCUCCGACGCUCCCAAGUUGGCUUCAAUGAACUGCAACAACAACAACAACCAGCGAGAGAACAGCUUCACCAACCUCAGCGCCAACAACGGAAGUCUUUGUAGUGGGACGCCGAUCACUUGA